AUGACAUCACGUAAAAACAAAAUAAAUAAGGGGUACCUGAUCCUGGAACACGUGUCUGGAGGAGAACUUUUCGAUUACCUAGUGAAAAAGGGCAGGUUGACGCCGAAAGAAGCUCGUAGGUUUUUUCGCCAAAUCAUAUCAGCUUUGGACUUUUGCCACAGUCAUUCCAUCUGUCAUCGGGAUUUGAAACCAGAAAACCUCCUCCUUGACGAGAAGAAUAAUAUUCGGAUAGCAGAUUUCGGAAUGGCUUCUCUUCAGAUGGAUGGAUCCAUGUUAGAAACAUCGUGUGGCUCGCCUCACUACGCAUGCCCAGAAGUCAUACGGGGAGAGAAGUAUGAUGGAAGACGUGCUGAUGUAUGGAGCUGCGGUGUAAUACUAUACGCUUUGUUAGUAGGUGCUCUUCCUUUCGACGACGAUAACCUGCGGCAGUUACUGGAGAAAGUGAAGAGAGGAGUUUUCCACAUUCCACAUUUUGUUCCUCCAGAGUGCCAGGACCUCCUUAGGGGAAUGAUCGAAGUCUGUCCAGAAAAAAGAAUGACG